AUGUCAAUUCGAAGGACAUAUAGCGAUCAUAAAGAUGGGCAACUGUCUUUAAAGCAGCGGCAGAAACACAAGAGAAGAAGCAUUGGGAUUGAAUCUAGUGAGAAGUAUGGUUACAUACCGACAAUUAAAUUUCUACGACAAAAGGAGCUGGAGCGGGAUCGGAAAAUUAAAGAAGAUGGGCAGCUAGGACAAGUUUCGGUAUCUAGCCCAUCGAUGGAUAGUGCAUCGUCAAGAAAAGUUGAGAAGCCGGGGAAAAAAGCUGGCUGGAGGUUGUCAAGCAUGCUUAAAAGUGGUGCAUCACAUUCUGAUCGACUAAAGAAGCUUUAUGUUGGCAGUGAUAGUGAAAUUAAGAUUGAAUCACCGUCAUCAGCUGCAGUACCGAAGCCAUCUACACCAGUACCGAAAAAAGCGGCAGCGGAACCAUCUGGCAGGACAGGCAUACAUGAGCAUUUUCAAAAGAAGCGGAAUGGCUCGCCGUUCCAAAAGACUUCGCGCCCAAUGAGUGCAAAUAGAUUAGCGUCACAGACAAGGACUUUUAAAAAUGUCAAUUUUGCGUUUGAAACGUCUUUGAACGAGGUGGAUUUGAAUCUAUUGUCCAAAGCUAGAGCUUCAUCUUCUGAGGCGGGUGGAAUUAGUAAAAGUAGUACACCAAUACCAGUUGCACCUCCAUCGCAGGUGCGAGCACCCACGCCACCACAAGCCAAAAAGGUUCCUUCUGAAGUAAAACAGCCGAGCGUCGCUCCAAAGAAUGCCUCCGAAACAAAGGAUUUAUCCAGCUUACUUUCAUCUCGCUUGAAAAUGAGGAAAACUUUAUUUAACAAUAAGUCUGCGGGGAUUGAGAAGCAAACGAAUAAUAGUGUUGCAAAUAAGUUGGAUGCGCCUACGACUGAUCAUAUGGAGAGAAAAGAGAAUAAAAAAUUAGACUCUGAGAUGAUUUCUGAAAAUUCACAGCAGAAUGCACCUGAUCAAAGAGCUCCUGAACAGCCCGCGCAGCAGUCGCAGCAGUCGCAGCAGCCGCAGCCGAUUCCUCAAUUAGAUCUGAGGACUGCUAGCAGUCCUCAAGGAGACUCGGACUCGGACACAAGUUCGUUAUCUUCAGUGGGCGAAGACGAGUAUAAGACCGUAGAACAGAAGUCAGAAAUUUUGAACGUCGUUGAGAAGAAUGCUACAGAUGCAAGCCCAGAACCGGAAUUCAAUCUGACUAAAAAUGGAUCUGAAUCAAGAGAAGAAGCGGGGAAACUUGUUGAAUUAUCAGAUUCAUCUUCAGAUUCGUCUUCAGAAUCAACUUCGACUGAUAACGCUUCAGGUCAUGAAGUAGAUGACUUCCAGUUACUCAACAGCAUAAGAACUAGGAUGGUGGGACCUAAAGUAAACAAAUGGAAGAAACUCGAUAAAGAGAAACUCACGGAGUUAAUGGACUACCUCGUGGUGAACCAUACACCGCUUUCAGCGAGACCAACUGUGAGUUGUUCAAAUGAUAUAUGUAAUGCAAGAAAUUACGAGAGCGUCGAGGUUCACCAUCUUCAGAAACUUCCCCAAAGGUUAAAGUUUAUUGACUUAGAAGCUAUGACAGCAAGUUCUACGGAGAAAGCAUCAAGAACAAAUAACAGGGUGGAGAAACCAAGGAAAAACCAACCUUUUAACAACGGAGCAGUACAAAAGAGGAGAACACGCGCUUCUCAAUUGCAUUCAGAAGUACCUAAAAGAACGAUUCCUUUGGAAGAACAUCCCUUAAACGAUAUUGAAUUAGCUGAAGAAAACGUUAAUGAAACGUUGAAGUCAGUAGAUGCAACAUCUGGUACAAAAAAUAAUGUGGAAAUCCAACAAGUACAAGAAAGUCUCGCUGGGCCAACUAGAGAAGAAGAUCCACAGUUAAAUCCAGAAGGAAUUUCAGAACCUAAAGUUAAUGUUUCAACUGUAUUACAAUCGGAACUACCUCUGACAUCGGAUGACUCAAAAAUUGACACAAGAAUUUCUGGAACUGAUGAUGCUCAAGCGUUUUCGCACGAAAUGGUUCAUGAGAAUGAAUUUUCUUCAAAACUAUCGCGAUUUGAUGCCGCAAAAUGCACUGACAUUGAAGAGAUGAGACGUGAAUAUAUAAAAUUACAGAACAGCAUGAAUGAUAACGGGGAAAGGUUGGCAGAAGCAAAUAUUGUCAACACAGAUAAGACCCUUGUCAUCGAGAAAUUAACUCAAGAAAUUAUGCAAUCAGAAAUGAAAUAUGCAUCUCUUGUUGGCGUUAACCAUCAAUUGCGAGAAAAGAUCAAGGCUAUGAACUCCCUUCAACUAAAAUUAAUGCACGAGCUAGAGCUUGCUGUGGCAGAGCCUAAUCUAUCUGAGGAGCAAAGUAAUAGAUCUAAUGAUUUGGAAAACGGCUCUUCUAAUGCGGAUAGUUCACUUCAACACAAACGUUCUAAUAUGUUUGAAAAUACUACGAAAACAACUUCAACUUUAACUACAACUUCAGAACCGCCUUCCGAAGAUUCUAUAAAUGAGUUGUUAUCACUAACUCUUCUGACACAUAAAGCUUCAAGUAAGUUUACAUCUUGUGACUUACCUGAAACUGUGGGAGCCGAAUUUAGAAAUCUCAACCACAAGUUAGCUCUAGUUAGUUUCUUCCUUGCGAGAAUGAGAAAUUCGAAUGACAACACCAAUGACAAAUCACAACUCAUGAUCGAAAAUUACAACGAACUCACCAAUGCGUCUUCACCACACUGUGCAAACUUUAUACAAUAUGCUGGUAAUAUUCAACCUAUUGUUCAUACGCAGAUCCCAGAGAAUAACCGUGAUGUGAGUAUGAAAUCUUCAGACAAAACAAGCUCCACGGUGCCUACUGAAGAAUCUGUCGUGGAGGAAGAAGAAGCCUAUAAUUGGAGAGCGGAAAAUGAUAAAGCAAAGGAAAAAAUUAAGCAAUUGGAAGAUAGAAUCGAAUCUAUGACUAAGGAACUUGAGGUAGAAGCAAAGAAAGGCAUAUAUUACAAGCAACUUGAAGAUUAUGUUAGUCCUGUGGUCAACUAUUGUGCAGAGAAGAAUAUCACUAUUAAAAUUCUCAUGGAGAAAUUAAGCUGGAUAAAUAAAAUGGAAAUGGCAAUUGUAAGACUCUCAAAAGAAAGAGAUUUCUAUUUAAAAAGAGUUAAAGAUCUUGAGUCAUCGAAUGUCGAUCCACCUCCAUCUCAUCUAGUGCAAGAAAAUACUAGAUUAAAGGAAGCGAUAUUGCGUUUGCAUAACGAAAGGAAAAAGCUUUUAGAAGUGAUAAACAAGGAGAAACAGGAUCGGAAACAGAUUCAGAAACAGAGUCAGAAACAGGACCAAAAACAGGGUCAUAAACAGGUGUCAAGCCAGAAUAUAAAACAAGGUGAAAACCAGAGUGAAAAUCAACAUCAAAACCCGCUUAAAAUUGUUUACGUAGAUAAGGAUGACUAUGGGAAACAGAACCGCAAAAAAAAUAGAAACAAAAAUAAGAACAAAAGUAAAAAGAGCGGAGACGACAAUAAAGAGGAAAAUAGUUCUAAUGUUUCUAAUAUCCAACAAUAG